AUGAAUCCUCACAAGGCUCCAAUGACCCCUCACGACACACCAAGCAACCCUCCCGACUACAACCGACCCCAGCAGGUUUACCACGAAAAUGAAGAUGGAUCCUGGCCAGUCGCGUUGGAUACCCUUCCCCCGCCGCCCAGCCAGUACGGACCAACUCCCCCCCAACAACAUUACCCUCGACCUCAGUACCAUCAGCCAGGUCCCCAAGCGCAGUUGAUCGCAGGCCACCAACCUCAGUACCCGCACCCGCCGGGUUCACAUAUCCUUCAUCCACUCGCUUCCCACCAGCAAUAUCCCCCUCCUCAACCAGCCCAGGUCCAAUAUCUUCAUCGCGGCCUUGCCUCAAAUAUGCCGGCGAACGGCCAUAUCCCACAAUUUAUGGACAUGAUACCUGGAAAUGGGAAUACUCUUCAUUCCAGUCUCGCCGCGAAUUUCCCGGCUAGCGUUCCGAACCUACGCCCCUCAGUCUUGGGGCAAGUAACCCCCGUUCCACCGCCCGCGACUGCCCCAGCAGCCCUUGAAUCGGCGCCCGUUAUCUCUGCCGCCCGGGCUCCUAACCAGUACUUGAAGGCGCACGCCAAACGCAAGGCCAACCGCACCGCGGAGGAAAAGAUUAAGCAAACGGCCGUCAAGUCGGCCACUGCUGUGAAAAAAGCCGCGCUGAAGCAGGCUCGGGGGGAGUUCCAAGAAGCCCAGUCAGUCGCAAAAAAACCGCGGCACAUGUGGUCGGACGCUUCAUCCCUUGAGCUCCUACACCUUUACAAGACCAUCAAAGAUGAGCAUACCGAACUCGACAAUAAAGUGGCGGGUUUUAUGAAAUUCGUCAAAUAUUUUGCGAGUCAAGAAUCCGAGAAGCAGCAUUUCCCGCUCCUUGCAUCUCUAACUCUGGAUCAGAUGACCUCUCGUUACAAGGCCAUCAUGGUAAUUUACCGGAAAGUCAAAGAUAUCAUUGAUCGUUCGGGCAGCGGCGGUUUACAUGUGGCCCUGGAAUCAGAAGGGCUCGCGGAAUCUUUGUGGGACUUUCUGCUGGAAAUGCACAGCGGUAAUCCAGCCGCCGACGGCUUUGGCCAAGGGGAAUUGGGCGACCUCCCGGCUGAGCCCAAUUCCGAGACCGGGGAUACCGACUGGGAUGAUGGCAAGGGAGCGCCCAUUGCAGAAUCGGAAGACGAGGUGGAUGUCUUGCCCCCGCCACCAGCUCCAAAGCGCAGGAAACAAGGCAAGAAAUUGCGGCCUUCGGACCAACUGACCGCCGCCGAGCAGGCGAUGGACUCGGCUACCAGUGAUGAUGACCUCCGGGAUCCCCCAACUGCUACUUCUAUGCCGAGGGCGGCGAGUACUACUGCAAAGCCCACAUCGACCCCAACCCCGGGCUUGAACCCUAGGAACGGCCGCCCUCCGGCUGAAGGGAUUAGCGUGCCGCGCCGCCGGGGCCGGAACGAGGAGGCCCCGAAAAAAACCGACCCCGAGGCGGCCGCCAUGAAGGCCAUGAUGCUCAAGUCUCAGGAAACCGCAAGCACCUGGAUGAACGAUGAACGGAUCCGAAUGGAGGCCGCGCGCUUAGAACAGAGGCAGGAGGCCAUGGAAGACCGGCGGGCCAUGGAUGAAAACCGAAGACAAGAUCGACGUGACGCCGAAGCGCGGGCAACUCACAUGGAGCAGGUCCGCCUCGAUGCAAUAGAAGAAGCAAAACUAGAUCGGAAGGCGGCCGCGGAUCUUGCGGAGGCCAAGGAACGUGCAGAGGCGGCAAAGGAACGUUCACGCGAGGCGGAGCGCAAGGCAGAUCGAGAGUUGGCCUUGCGGCUCGAGGAGUCCAAAGAACGUCAACGGGAGGCUGACCGCAAGGCCGAGCGAGAAGAUGCCAAACUGGAGCGUGCGGAGGACGCCCGGCGGUAG